AUGGCUGGUGCUUUACACUCCGAAAUCAUCAUCGAUCCACGCGCACACACUUCGCUUGAUGAUACGCAAAGAUGCAAAACCGUGGUCAAGAAAUCUGUGGGAACGCCGAUAGAUUUGAGAGAUUGCGUGCAGAAGAUUGAACUAUACACCUGCCCUAACCCUGGCAGUCUCGCCAAACCUACAGAACGCGACUCGGAGAGCUUGUUGAAGCUCCAGCAUGAAAUAUCCCAGCUUUGCCAUCUUGCCCAUCUACGCCAAGUGAAGCUGGCCAUAUGGAUUCCUCAGGAAUGCGACGCCUACUUCGAGGCCAUGACUGUUGUAGAGAGCAUCUCCGAUGCUUGCAAAAAGCUCAGUGAACGACUCGGCGCCGGCUUGACCGUCACCCUUCCCAGGGCUUGGCCAUAUGAUGUCUUCGAGUUCGAAUACAUAGAUGAGCUGGAUAUUAGCUGGAUGUGGACUCCGCCCAGCCAGACGCAUAGGCAGUGCGUUCGAGAUGGUACCGCGAGAGGACAUGAGAAGAUGAGGGUACUCAUUGCCGACGGAGUCCACGCAACCGGAGAGAGCACUCUGCUGGAUGAAUUACGCUAUGCUGCCUUGAACCUGCCUCAAAGAAAAGAAGAGAUUGCGAACAUGGAUGUCUGGGAGGCUUGGAAUGGUGUUAACGAGACUGAAUGGAAGUGGAUCAAGGAAACUUGGCAGAGAUAUGAUGCAUAUUUGUGA